CUCUGGAAAGCGGUAUGAGGCUGAGGAGAUUCAUUGAGAUGGAACAUUUAAGGUGGUGCCAAAUGUUCCUACCAUCCGUCAGCUGUUCACAAUUCUAGCUAUAAAACAUGAUCAUGCAUACCCCGUCGUAUUUGCGUUAAUGAAAAGAAAAUCUGCUGAUGCAAAUAGGGUGAUUUUGGAUUUUCUAAAGGAAAUGUAUCCGAUAGUGAAUCCCCGACUCGUAAUAUCGGACUACGAGGCUGGAAUCAAAGUUGCAAUGAAAGAAGUAUUCCCCAAUGUAACCCGGCCACAAAGGAUGCUGGUUUCACUACUCGUAGAUUUGGACGAGCAAGCGAAUGUUCCAGUCGCCAAUGAGGUCCGUGAUAGAGACGACCAGGAAGGGAGUGGCCGCCAAAGAAGAAGAGUGGAGAGGCAAGGUGGACCUAGGGGUGGUGAAAAUCUUGAUCAAGAUGCUGCACUUUUGGUGGUGGUUGUAUCACCAUACAAAAAUUAUAAAGUUGUACCUACGGUGCAGCAGCCAAACGACUUCAUGAAUUUGUAGGAAGUUGUGAGGCAAGCCGAGGCGAUAGGUUUGGGUCCGCAAUUAUCUGCACAACCAGGAACGGAAUGUACCGAAGACGAUCCGAAUAGUUGCUCGGCGUGCAAAUGCAUGCGAGCAACGAUGGUUUGUAGCCCCUGCGGCCACGCAGUGUUGUGCUGUGGCGUUUGUAAAUGUGGAGGUAAAUCGGGUGACGGCGGCCGAUGGCAGCGUUAUACAAACCCAUAUCAGACUCCCACUGACAUGCCCGGCAUGCACAGCCAUAAUAGGCCAACUGAUAAGGAUUUUUGGCAAUAACUAAUGCGUAGGCCUAACUCUCUAUAUGGAUUAUCAAAGUUUUACAUUACUUUUUUGAAACACAAAUCAUUUCAUAUUAUUUUUAGUUAAUCAUUACAUUAUUUGAUUAUAGUUGGUUGGAUUAUGGAUUAGGAUUUGAUGUAGGCUAUAACUGAAUACCAUGAGUCUUGAUAUGAAAAGCAUGAAACGAGAAUUAAAAUCUGUUACAAAUUUCAAUUUCGUUUAUUGCCAAUAAGAAUAUUCAAGACAUA